GCGGCCCGUCGCAGAGAACGGCGACCAGGAGGAGGCGAGCUCAGCGUCUGGGGAGGAACUUCACUGUCUGCUCUUGCAACCUGAUUGACUAACAUCACCAACGCCCUUAAAGCCCAAAGAUCCAGGAAAUGAACCGAAUUUUAACUCGAAGAACCUUCUUCUCCCGUUAAGUCCCGCCGGGUCAGCUGCUUCAGUACCGUGGUCGUGAUUUUUUUUGUACCGGAGCCAUUGAACGUCGUCUGAUGUGCACCAUCAUCCCGUCAAGUUAGCUGCUGAUUUUUAUUGAAACACUGUAAAAUUGUCARUUUUGUUUUUGGACUCUUUCACUUUUAACUUCAACUCCUGUCCAGCUGAGAAAUGGCAACCCAGAUCGACAAAGAGGCUUGCAGAGAGGCUUACAACGAUGUAAGGGACGAUAACACAGAAACCAACUGGGCUGCUUUUAAAUAUGAAGGCACCACAAUCGUGCCUGCAGGACAGGGGACUGACUACGAGGACUUCAAGAAGUUAUGCACAGAUGACUCCCGUCUCUUCGGCUUCAUCCGAUUCACGACGGGAGACGCCAUGAGCAAACGGGCCAAGUUCACGCUCAUCACCUGGAUCGGAGAGAGCAUCAGCGGGCUGCAGCGGGCCAAGAUCAGCACCGACAAGACGCUGGUCAAAGACGUGGUGCAGAACUUUGCCAAGGAGUUCAUGAUCAGCGACCCACGAGAACUGGAAGAAGACUACCUGCGCAAGGAGCUGAAGAAGGCAGGCGGCGCCAACUAUGACGCUCAGGCUGAGUAGAGGAGCCGCCGCCGUCCACUGGAAGCACCUGGGUCGGGGGGAUCGGGGAGGGGGGUCGGGCUGGGUGGAUGAAAAGGGGGGGCGGGGAGUGUUGGAGCUGCUACCUCCUGGGUCGAGGGUGAGGCAGAAUGGAGAGGACACAGAUAGCCACUAAAUGCUUUGAUUAAUGAGCCACUUGCCAUUUAGUUGGCUCGUUAAUGAACUGCUUCGUGCCUGUUUGCUUGAUUUUUAACGCGUUUGAGGCCGAACUUUGAAGUGAAUAUUUUUCAUUUCUUAUAAAACGAAAUGAAAAAGAUUCUGAGUUUUAUGUAAACACAACCAGCAGAUCUUCCUUGAGAACUCUUUGCACACGACUCGAGGAAGCUUAGAGGAAUAGUUUUGGGAAAAUCCAUUUGUUUCGAAUGGGUUAAACUCGAUUCAUCAUCUCUGGUUAGCUUAGCUUUGCACAAAGACUGGAACCAAAGGGAAACAGCUAGCUUCGGUCACCUCUCCUAAUUUACACGUGUGACUCAUUUUUUUUUUGUACAAAUUAUACAAACUAAAGGCCAGAUCCUAGAGAUUGUUGGUUGAAGAAGCACAUUUCUGAACAGUUAAAUCUGGUUUAUAGGCGCUCUUAAAGUCUUCUGUCCUCUCCGACGCCCCACCCUCUCCCCGUUCCAGUCAGCUCAUGGUUGGUUCUGUAUUGUGCUGUGAAUCGCCAUCUCAUCCUCAUCUCAGCUGAGCUACAGUAGAAUACAAAAGAAAAAAAAAGUUACCUUCAAGGCUGCAGCACUGUUUGUCAAAAAUAACUGAAUGCAGUGUGUGUGUUUGUGUGUGUGCGUGUGAGAAGAACUGAAGGGUUUCACUCCAAAAAUAAAACACUGGACCAUCUCGUAAAAGCUUAAUGGACGUCUCGUUUUGAACCCUUCGCAGUUAGAAUCCUCUGUACCUCUCAGAGGAAAAGAUUUUUUUCCCCUCGAGUAUUCUCAGAUUGUUUGGAGUAAAACUGAGCCACAGCUCAUUCAGCCACCUCUUCUUGUUGGGGCAGACAGCUGUGUUUGGAUUACAGCUGUAAUUCAKCUCUUUUAUCUUCCCAGUUUCUCCUGGAGUUAUUCAAAGUUUCCAAUGAUCUGAAACAUAUAAAUAAUAUUGAUCCUUCACAUGAAUCUGAGGUACUCUGAGAACGGAGAUCUUUUCUUUUGGUGUUUCAUCUCACGAUCUACAUGUGUGUUUGUACUGUGACCUACUGUGUUUGACUGCCUUAGUCUCCCGUGGAGAGAGGGGCAUCAUGGGAGCUUGUGGACACUACACUGUGAUUGGUUGUCCUCCUUUUACAUCGCACAGGAAGUGAGUUCAGGCUCAUCRUUUCAACCAAGGAGGAGCCAUGUCUCGGUUGUAGCAUCUCUUUUUAUUUUGUUUCAACCCUCCCUUCCCCCCGAGGAAAAAAAA